AUGAGGAAGAAAAUGGUAAGCCUCAAUCCUGGAUAUUCAACCACAAAGUUAAAAAAAACUGAGGUCCAAGCACAAGAAGUUGAGACAACACCAACUUCUCAGACUAAGGAUGCCAAAAACCUUGUAUCUAAGUUCGGUCUUGAGUCGACCAAAUAUGCUCGCACUCCCAUGAGCACCAAUCUUCACAUUUCCAAAGAUUCCUUUGGUACUAAUGUUGAUCCUACCCUGUAUAGGAGUAUGGUAGGGAGUCUCUUGUACCUCAUAACCAGUCAUCUUGACAUUGCAUUUAGUGUAGGUGUUUGUGCCCGUUACCAAGCCUGUCCUAAAAAGUCUCAUCUGAUUGCUGUCAAACGCAUCAUUAAGUAUGUGAAUGGGACAUUGGGUUAUGGGAUUUGGUUUUCGACCGACACUACAGCUGAAAUCACGGGUUUUUCUGAUGCUGACUGGGUAGGGUGUGCUGAUGAUUGUAAGGGCACAUCUAAGGGGUGUUUUUACCUUGGGAAUAAUUUGGUUGCCUGGCAUAGCAAAAGACAAAAUGCCAUUUCUCUUUCGACAGCUGAGACUGAGUAUAUUGAUGCAGGGAGUUAUUGUGCACAAAUGUUGUAG